AUGGAAGCCGUAGCUAAUGAUGGCGCAUACGUGUUGCGCGACUUGAUGCGCAAUGCCCCACUAUCGCCCGACGGAGAAGAAGAGCACGAUGUUUACAUAACCUGCGUCGAUGCCUGGGCAANNGACGGCAAUCUAUACAUUGGCACAUCGGCAGGAGAGAUCCUCCACUUUGUCUCAAUUCCUUCCCCCGACUCGGACCAACCCACCUACAUCCUCGCUUCUCGCCUACAACCCGAACACUCCAACAAACACAAUGAUUCCCUACCGGUCGUUGAGCAGAUCCUUCUGCUACCAUCCGUCGGAAAGGCAUGCGUCUUGUGCCAUGGUACCUUGACCUUCUACACACUACCCGAGCUCAGUCCGGCUUUCGGAGGCAAGAUCAAGCAGAGCGAUUGCACAUGGGUCGGAGGGCUGGACCGCGACCUGGAGGGCCAAGAUCUGGAUCCUGCUGAUGGCUGUAUCAUUGUCAUCUGCCUGAGGCAGAAGCUGCGAGUCAUUCGUAUCAUGGAACAAGGCUCUCCUCGCAAAAUCAGAGACAUUGAGCUUGGAAAUUGUCUGGACAUACAACGAAGAGCAGACCUUGCUUGUGUCGCCGAUGGCACAUCUUAUGCCUUGCUGGACAUCGUCAAUCAGCGCAAGAUCGAUCUCUUUCCCAUCUCGUCUUCCUCCGACUUGGCUUCCGGUCGUCAGAGCCCAAAUAUUGAUCCUCCUCCGAUACAGCGCCCACCGUCAAGAAGCUUCUCAGCCACCAGUCCCGUCCGUAGGCCCGAUCUCCGUGCUCAAGACAGAAUAGCCAGUGUGGGAGGCGCGCCACAGACUCCUGGUCGACAGACUCCAGACCGUCUCCAUCCCAACGACUCUCCUUUGCCAUGGCCGCAUCGUGCUGCUUCUCGUCAGGCUCUUUCGCCCAGCCCGACGAGGCCGCUUGCUAGUCCAUCACUGGACACUGACGGCAAGGUUCUGCCUCCCACUCCCCAACUCGAACAGCCACCACCUCCACCUCCAGUGUUACACUUCACGCUGAAGCCUCACAUCUCUACCCCCACACCGAACGAAUUCCUGUUGACCACUGGCACUUCUCCCGACGACCCUGCUGUGGGCAUGUUUGUCAAUCUCGAUGGUGACGUUGUCAGGGGGACGAUUCAGUUCGAGAGCUAUCCCGACUCUAUCAUCGUCGACAGUCAAGCUUCAGAUCCCUCCAUGCCACAAAUGCCCGGGGCCAUGUCUCAGGAAGGCUAUGUGUUAGCUGUCGUACGACGCGAGAAGGAUGGCGUUGUCGAAAAAACUAUCGAGUACCAACGCUGGGAUGUCGAUCCUACAGACAACCAGUACCAUAAAGACUACCUCGGUCUCCCAGAUCCUGACAUGUCGAGAGCUCAUAUGGCACUACGAGAAGCCACUACUUCGACCAAUUUGAGCUUACCGUCUGUUGGUAAAGCACUUAGUCUGCGCCGUCUCUAUCUCCACGAGGCGACACCAGACGAGAUCGCGUCAGAUGCCAAGCGUGACAAUGACGAGGACAAGCUGAUUGACCGUUUCUCAAGUGUUGAAACCAAGGUGUUGCUGUUCGCGAGUGACUCAAUCUGGUGGCUUGUUCGAAAUCCUCUGGUCGUGCAGCUCGAGACACGGUUGAGCGCUUCUGUCAAUACUGCGGCCGAUACAUUUGCUGUACAGCGCAGCCAGGUGCAAGCUGUCAUCAACAGCAUCCGUGGCAAGGAAGCCACGAACGAGUUCGAGUUCUUUGGCUUCAACUAUGUCCGUCAACAAGCCUCUCUAUUGUUGUUGGUUGAUCUCAUCCUCAAAACAAAUCAGGGCGUCAUUGCUUCCGAGACCGACAAACGUGCAACUCACGAUGCUCUUGUAGAGGGAGAGAUAGACCCUCGUAUAAUCUUAUCCAUUAUUCCAGUCUUGUCGGAUGAGGUUGUCGAAGGCCCACAAGGCCUCUGGAUUCCCGGUGGUCUCAAAAACGCCAUUGAUCAGUUCAAAGCUCAGUAUCACGCAGAUUCUAUCAACCAAGAUCCACAAGGUCCAUAUGGAGACAAUCUUUUGCAAGUCACAAAGCAUUACCUUCAGUCGUGGAGAAGGAAANAAGGCUUUGGCAGUGUUGCAGAUGAGAAGCAGGUUUUUCAUACUGUGGACGCCGCAUUGUUAUCUUUGCUCUUGAUGCUCGACGGCAAUACCUUCCCAGGACCAGCAAUACCAGGAUCAACACGCGCUGAACUCAACGACGUGGUCGACCAAGGCGUUGAGUGCUUCGAUCGCGCAGUCGAACUUCUUGAACAAUAUAAGCGCCUCUACGUUCUCUCUCGUCUCUAUCAAAGUCGACGCAUGGUAGGUCAAGUACUGUCGACCUGGCGUCGCAUACUCGAGUCAUCUGAAGACAUGGGAGGAGAAUUGAUUGACGGGGAACUCGACGUACGCAAAUAUGUCACCAGGAUCAAAGACGUCGAACUUGUCAAAGAUUAUGGUACUUGGCUCGCGAAUCGUAAUCCUUCCCUCGGUGUUCAAAUCUUUGCAGAUGAAAACGCAAGAGUGAAGUUCACGCCUGCCGAAGCUGUUGACCUUUUGAAAGAACGUGCUCCAGCUGCUGUCAAGGACUACUUGGAGCACCUCGUUUUUGGCAAAAACCAAAAUCAAUAUGCCAACGACCUCAUCUACUUCUAUCUUGAUACCGUCACCGAGGCCAUCUCGGACCCUUCAACGUCUGCAAGGGACACACUUCUCACAAGUUAUCACACCUAUCGGGCUUUGUUCCCGCCAAAGCCGACGUAUAGUCAAUUUAUCUUGGACAAUAGUCUCUCCGAUACAUGGUGGCAGAACCGACUUCGACUUCUUCAGCUCAUUGGUGGUUCAUCGGUCUACGAUGUGGAAGCUCUGAGCGGCAGACUAGAGCCCUUUUCAGAAGUUCUUGUGCCCGAGAUGAUCGUCCUCGCCGCUCGCCGAAAUGAGCAUGAGAAAGCUUUGAAACUGCUCGUCCAUGGCUUAGCAGACUUCGACACCGCUGUACGGUAUUGUCUCCUCGGUGGUAGCAGCAUCUUCCACCCUGCUUCAUCCUCGUCUAACCUUCCUUCACCAUCAAAAGAAGAACAGCAGGUUCUCUUCUCACAUCUGCUACAUUGUUAUCUCGAUCUCGACGACCAGAACCAGAAACUUGAAAGAGUCGCAGAGCUCCUCGAAAGAUUUGGGAGCUGGUUUGAUGUUGCCGAAGUUCUGCCUUUACUCUCACCAUCAUGGCCACUCGAGCACUUUGGCACAUUCAUUGUGAGUGCCAUGGGCAGACUUGUGUCUGAACGGAAUGAAACUGUCAUAGUCAGAGCACUUGCUGGUGCACAGAAUCUCAGAAUCGCUGUUGAUGUGGUGGAAAAGAUUGAGAAAGAAGGGGCCACAUGGGAGAGUGUCAAGAAAGAUAGUGGCGUUGCUUAG